UUUUUAGAUGACAAACAUGAAAAUAUUAUCGACUAUCCUUUCUUACAGCGGAAUUAAACUUUAAUUAGUUAAUAUUAUAUUCGCGACUUAAAAAUGGUAGAAGAGGCUCCGAAUUUUGUUGAAGAGGACCCAUUGAAUUACGACCUGAGAUUCGACGACUUCAUCGAGCAUCUUACCAGUCGACCUAAUUUUAAGUACAAUUACUACCAAAUGUGGAUUCGCGAGAUUCUCGUUGAUUGGGCUGCCGAAAUCGCAACCAGUGACCUAUUCGAUCCCGAAUCAGCACCUGAUAUCCUUCCCAUGUGGAUGAAUUACAUCAUUGAAAAGUUGCGUUCCACACAAUUUGAGGAAUUUUCGAAAUUCUGCAUGUCCCUUCAAAAGGAUAUUUAUUCAUUUUAUUUAGUUCACGAAUCGGAGGAAUGGAAAUGUUUUCGCAAAGAAGUCGUUGAGAAAAUAUUACAGGAUGAAUCCGCAGAGAAUGGCGAUGAAAAUGUGUCUAUUGAAGACGCUUCUCAGCAAACAGACGAAUUCGUCUACGAACAAGGAAUCGAUGAACAGUAUCAGUUAUUCACGGAUCAGUUCAAUUAUUUGAUUGGCUUGGUGGAGAAAGCACUAUCCACUGGCUUCAAAUACCAAGUUUUCAAAUUGGCAUUCGGAAAAAUCCAACAAAGAGUCGCAAAACCUAUUUAUGCCCCGUAUUCGUUGCAAUUUCCCAAAAAAUAUAAGCCACGUAUUGAUACGGAGAUUUUUAAAAUUGCCAAGACGCAAUCAUUGGAUCUUAUGGAACACAAUCACUUCCUUACAGCAAGUGGCGAAGAUUCCGAGGAAGACGACCACCGAAAAACUGAGGAAGAUUUAGGGAGUAUCAGUCAACCUAUUUCAUUUAUAAUGCCUUUAUCAUCAGCUUUCAAUGUCAACGAUGAAUUUUGGAAAGCUCAAAAGGUUCAGGAUGGCUCUAGCGAUGUGGUUAAAAAUACCCCAUAA